AUGCCUUACCCAGAGACCACCGACGCUUUUGCCGUCACUGACAUCAAGAACUGGAGCAACUUUACCCGCAAGGAGCUGCCCCUCAAGAAGUUCGAGGAGCACGACGUCGACAUCGCCAUUGAUGCCUGCGGUGUGUGCGCUUCAGAUGUCCACACCAUUAGCGGUGGAUGGGGCGAGUCGAUUCCUCUUCCUCUCUGCGUAGGACACGAGGUCAUUGGCAAGGUCGUCAAGGUUGGAUCAAAGGUCACCAAGGUCAAGGUUGGCGAUCGUGCCGGUAUUGGCGCUCAGAUUGGCGCCGACCUUACUUGCGAUCAAUGCAAGAACGACCAGGAAAACUACUGCCCCAACUCUGUCGACACAUACGGUGCUAAGCACACCGAUGGUACUGUUGCGCAGGGUGGCUACGCCAGCCACAUCAGAGGUCAUGAGUACUUUGUCUUCAAGAUCCCAGACAACAUCGAGACUUCCCUGGCGGCACCUAUGCUGUGUGCUGGUCUCACGACAUAUUCGCCAUUGAAGAGGCUAGGAGCGGGCCCUGGAAAGAAGGUCGGCAUCAUUGGACUCGGAGGUCUCGGUCACUUUGGUGUCCUCUGGUCCGUCGCCAUGGGCGCCGACACCUACGUCAUCUCGCAUAGCCCCAACAAGAAGGACGACGCUCUGAAGAUGGGAGCCAAGGACUUCAUCGUUACCAAGGACAAGGGCUGGUCCGAGCCAUGGAAGUUCCACUUCGACUUCGUCAUCAACACCGCCGAUGCCACCGACAAGUUCGACCUUGCAGAAUACUUCUCCAUCCUCAAGGUCAACGGCACCUUCCACAUGGUCGGCUUCCCCGACAACCCGCUCCCACCCAUGCCCGCCCAGAUCUUUGCCCCCAACGGCUGCUACAUGGGCGCGUCGCACAUUGGCAACCGACCCGAGAUGGAGGAGAUGUUCGAGCUCGCUUCCAAGCAGAACAUCAAGAGCUGGGUGCAGGAAAUCCAGAUUAGUGAGGAGGGCUGCAAGGAGGCCGUUGAGCGCGUGUACAAGAACGACAAUGUCAGGUACAGGAUAACACUGACGGGCUUUGACAAGGUCUUUGGUAAGAGGGCUUAG